AUAUUGGGCUGUUAGAAAAUUUAUGCAGAAAACUCACUGGCAAACACGCCCAGCGUGUGUUCUAGGGAGCCCAGCGGUUUGUCUGUAUAAAAAAUAAAAAUAAAAAAAGAAAAAGAAAAAGAAGAGGGGUAAAUUGUUUCUUUCACUUAAACUACUCUUCUUUCUCACACACCUCACGCACAAACCACUCUUCUUUCUGAAGCACUUCACGCACAACUUCUCCUCACAGACUCAAUUUUCUUCUUCUCUCAAGGGUUCAAAGCACUGUUUUCAUCUCUAAUUCACGUUUCCUCUCACCUCUAGUCUAUGGCCAUGAAAAGAAAAUACUUUGCAAAUAAGGAAAAAGGAACCUCACACCGAGUGGUUGAAGAUCUUGAUUUUGAGCAAGACAUGGAACCACAGAUAGAGAGAAAUACCAAGAAGGCAGCAACAUAUAACAAACAGAAAUUCAAAUCUACUGCCACUGCUGAGAAAUAUUCUGAACUGAACCACAAUAAGCUCACAUUGGAACGAAUCAUAGAGUUUGAGGAAGGUCAAUUUUCAAGUUUCAUGGAGGAGAUUCAAAACAGAAGAUGGGAGAAAUUGAUUUACCCACAGAAGUUGUUCAAUCUUGAUGUGGUAAAACAAUUCUAUGCUAAUUCUAUCUACUCUGAGGAGGCCAGAAAGGAGAGGUUCACCUGGGUGAACAAAACCAAGGUGUACUAUGACAAGGUCACCAUCAACAAUUACCUUGGAGAACCAUGGGAGAAGUCACCUGAGUUGUGCCAAUAUCAAGAAUGGGUCCUUAAAGAUAAAAAAAAAGAAAGGUUCUGUAUUCCCUCCUUCUACUGUGAGAAAAGCACUGUGUGUUGAUGGUCUUAGUGUAGAGAAAUAGGACGACCCAAUUCUGAAAUCCUACCAGAGCCAGUUUACUCAGAUAUGGAGCAACAUAAUCUUAUGCAACAUAUGGCCAGCCUCUCAUAUAUCCGAUCCUCCAUUGCCAAAAGCCAACUUGCUUUACACCAUUUAUGAGGGUCACAGUGUAGAUGUUGCUGCAAUCAUUUCAGAUGCAAUUGCUGACUGCAUAAAAAGGGGAGCAAAACCAAUGAUCUUACCUUCUCUAAUUACUGAUUUGAGCCGGUUUUGCAAGGCAACAGUUUCCUCAGGAGACAUGCAAGCACUCACAACAGUUAUCAAUGAAAAUUUCAUCGAAAAUAAUUGGAAAGAGAAGACAUUGGAGGAAGAACUGAGAAAGAAGACAGGUCAACCAUCACAACCACCGGUGCCACCACAGUCCACACAGGACCAACAACCAUCCCAGAUGGAUCUUCUUUUGACUCUUAUGCAGCAAAUAAAGACUCAACUAACUGCGGUUCAGGAACAGAAGACGGAGGACAGAGCCAUGAUCCAGAGGAUGGACGAGCGCUUGACUGAGGUGCUGAAUGAGCAGAAAAUACAUAAUCAGCAGCUAGUAGCAGUAUUUCAGGCUACCACAGAGCUUUAUAGGACCGCGGGGGAUGCUUACCGUUCAUUUCCGACCCCGACUUUUGAGUGGCCUCCUUAUGAUGUUUAUAUGGCACAGCUACAUUGGCCUGAGGGCAGGCCAUUUACCACUGAGGGGGAGGAUAGUCAUGGAGCUGGAAAUGGAUUUGGAGCUGAUGAGAAUUACAUGAGGACUGAUGAGGAUCCAGCUGAUUGUGGACUCACCACUUACUGAGUGAUAUAUUUAAUUUUUAUGUCUUUUAUUUUUCAGUUUUAGUUUCACUUUCAGUACUUUAAGUUAUAUUGGUAUUUUGGUUAAUUGUGUAGUUUAAGUACUUUGUUUUUAGCUAUGUUUAGUCCUUGUUUGCUCUUGGUUUGAAUUUUGUUUGAUCCAAUUUGUUUGAGCAAGGUGAAUGAAAAAUCAAAGUGAUUGCGUGAUUUUUGGUUUGAAAGUAGAAGCAUGAUUGUGGUUGCACUCAUAGGUACUUUGGCAUGAAUAAAUGCACCUUUCACAUGAGUCCAUAGGCAUAACCUUGUAAUGUUUUGAUAUCAAAGGGACUCUUCACCUAAAGCCAAGUGAGGGAGUGUGACCAAACACUAGUGAAAUGACAAAAAGAGAGAAUCAUCAUUGUUUUACAAAGAUGGACUUGCUUGAGUCUCUAAUUGUUGAAAUUACAUGGGAAUGAAAGAAAGAUCAAGGCAUUUUGUUCUUUAGUGUAAAUAACCACUUAGCCAAAGAAGCCUACCCUUGAUUAGGAAUUCCAUUUGCACCCCUUUUGAGCUUAAAUUGAAAUUUUGUUCUUUAUAUGAUCCCAAAGCCUAAAAAGAAUAACAAUGUUUCUUCCUUACUUUCAUAGUUAAGAGAGCAUAAAUGAUUGGAUUGUAUAUAUGUACAAGUUGGGGGGAAUGAAAACCAUUAAACAUGUAUUUUGUUGUGUAAUGAUCAACUUUAAACUUCUCAAUCUUUGUUUUCAAUGAAGAAAAAAAAAUGGAAAAUGAAAUGAUGAGAAUAAGAUGAAGAAAGAAAAGUGUGUUAUGUGAAAAAAAAAACAAAAAGAAAGAUUGAGAAGUUAAAAGGGAAUGAAAAGGUUGUGGUAUGAUACAAAUGAUAAGGAAAUGGUGACAAAAGAGAGAGUUGGUUGAGGAGAGAGUUAAAGGUUUUUAUUUGUGAAUUGUGAAAUAUGUCAUUUUGUGCUCUCUUGGCUAGGAAGUGUUUGAAUAUCCAGAAAAACCAAUGUUCUUUUGAAACCAUGCCUCAUUACAACCUUAGAAGACCUUUGUGACUCUGGAUUAACUGUGCAAUUUGGUGAUUACUGAGACAGGUAGCAAGAUUGAUUUUUUGUGAUUCAUUGAUAGAUUAAAGUGAAACACUUACCUUUUGUUGAUUCAUCUUUUGCACAAAUUGAUUGGAGUUCCCUUGAUUGAAAAAGCAUUUAAUAGUGUGAUUUGCCUAGUAGCUUCAUGAUGAAUUGUGUAAGUGUUAAUGUCUUAGCUAUCUCUUGUGGGCACCACAUCAUGUGACGGUAAUUGCAAAAGUUAGGAAUCAUGCAAGAUUUGAGAUUUGUGAUAUUUUGAUUUUUCAUAACCCAUGCUCUAACAACCUUUGUAUAUAUCAUUUUUUUGUGUGGAUCAAUACCAUUUGUUUGAGGGCAAACAAAAGUUCUAAGUUGGGGGAGUUGAUAAGUGUCUAAUUUACCAUGUUUUCAAUUGUUAUUGUGACACUUAUCUUUUGUAUUCAUGAGAAUUAUCUUGCAAAUCGACUCUCUUUUGAUUAGAAUGUGUUUAAAUGGAGAUCCAAUCUCAAUUGUUGUUGUAGGGACAUGAAUCUAGUGAAGAAAUGAAGAUUUGGUGAAAAGAUAAAGAGUUUUGGAAGGUUUGGGAAAAAUCAGCUGAGCCCUUUAGAAACCAGCUGAGCCCCUUUUAUCCUGUCAGAAAAGAGCGGAGCGGCCAAGAAAGGGGCUGAGCGUCUUCAAGGCGGUUAAAGAAAACUCAUCCCUAAAGUAACAGGGCGCUAAGCGGCCGUAAAAGAGGCUGAGCGGUCGUGCCAGAUUUUCCAUUUAAAAAGGAAAAUUUAAUCAGAACAGAGAAAAAAAACAACAGAAGGAACUUUUGAGAAAAGAAACACGAAAUAGCAGAGAAAGAAUAGGAACUUGGAGGCUUGGUGACCUUCCGUCGAGCUAGGAACACGCCGAUGCCGCACGGUUCAUCUUCUUUUUCAUUUUCCUUUAUUGUAAGCUUAUAGCAUCCCUGGAAAUGGAUUGCUAAACCUUUUGUGUUGGGAUUGGAUGUAGUCUUUUAACUUGAAUGUAUUUACUUUGAUUUCCAUGUAUAAAUUCAUGUUUCUA